ACGCCCACUACUCCGAAUAGUGCCCCACUUCCCUGGAGCACACACAUACAGGUAGAGGUUUUAGAGGGGGUUAUCACACACAUACAGGUAGAGGCUUUAAAGGGGGUUAUCACACACAUACAGGUAGAGGUUUUAGAGGGGGUUAUCACACACAUGCAGGUAGAGGUUUUAGAGGGGGUUAUCACACACAUACAGGUAGAGGUUUUAGAGGGGGUUAUCACACACAUACAGGUAGAGGUUUUAGAGGGGGUUAUCAGACACAUACAGGUAGAGGCUUUAAAGGGGGCUAUCAGACACAUACAGGUAGAGGCUUUAAAGGGGGCUAUCACACACAUACAGGUAGAGGUUUUAGAGGGGGUUAUCACACACAUACGUGUAGAGGUUUUAGAGGGGGUUAUCACACACAUACAGGUAGAGGCUUUAAAGGGGGUUAUCACACACAUACAGGUAGAGGCUUUAAAGGGGGUUAUCACACACAUACAGGUAGAGGCUUUAAAGGGGGUUAUCAGACACAUACAGGUAGAGGCUUUAAAGGGGGUUAUCACACACAUACAGGUAGAGGCUUUAAAGGGGGUUAUCACACACAUACAGGUAGAGGUUAUCACACACAUACAGGUAGAGGUUUUAGAAGAGGUUAUCACACACAUACAGGUAGAGGUUUUAGAGGGGGUUAUCACACACAUACGUGUAGAGGUUUUAGAGGGGGUUAUCACACACAUACGUGUAGAGGUUUUAGAGGGGGUUAUCAGACACAUACAGGUAGAGGCUUUAAAGGGGGUUAUCACACACAUACAGGUAGAGGCUUUAAAGGGGGUUAUCACACACAUACAGGUAGAGGUUUUAGAGGGGGUUAUCAGACACAUACAGGUAGAGGUUUUAGAGGGGGUUAUCAGACACAUACAUGUAGAGGUUUUAGAGGGGGUUAUCAGAGGCUUUAAAGGGGGUUAUCACACACAUACAGGUAGAGGCUUUAAAGGGGGUUAUCACACACAUACAGGUAGAGGUUUUAGAGGGGGUUAUCACACACAUACAGGUAGAGGUUUUAGAGGGGGUUAUCACACACAUACAGGUAGAGGUUUUAGAAGAGGUUAUCACACACAUACGUGUAGAGGUUUUAGAGGGGGUUAUCAGACACAUACAGGUAGAGGCUUUAAAGGGGGUUAUCACACACAUACAGGUAGAGGCUUUAAAGGGGGUUAUCACACACAUACAGGUAGAGGCUUUAAAGGGGGUUAUCACACACAUACAGGUAGAGGCUUUAAAGGGGGUUAUCACACACAUACAGGUAGAGGCUUUAAAGGGGGUUAUCAGACACAUACAGGUAGAGGCUUUAAAGGGGGUUAUCACACACAUACAGGUAGAGGUUUUAGAGGGGGUUAUCACACACAUACAGGUAGAGGUUUUAGAGGGGGUUAUCACACACAUACAGGUAGAGGUUAUCACACACAUACAGGUAGAGGUUUUAGAAGAGGUUAUCACACACAUACGUGUAGAGGCUUUAAAGGGGGUUAUCACACACAUACAGGUAGAGGCUUUAAAGGGGGUUAUCACACACAUACAGGUAGAGGUUUUAGAGGGGGUUAUCACACACAUACAGGUAGAGGUUUUAGAGGGGGUUAUCACACACAUACAGGUAGAGGUUUUAGAGGGGGUUAUCACACACACAUACGUGUAGAUGUUUUAGAGGGGGUUAUCACACACAUACAGGUAGAGGUUUUAAAGGGGGUUAUCACACACAUACAGGUAGAGGUUUUAAAGGGGGUUAUCACACACAUACAGGUAGAGGUUUUAGAGGGGGUUAUCACAUACACGUAGAGGUUUUAGAGGGGGUUAUCACAUGCAUACAGUGUGCAUUCUCCAAUCCUCCCUCCAAGUUUGACAUUAUCAACACACACAAGCCAUUUAUGCAGUGACACAUACAGUCAUUGUACUUUAUACCACUAGACUAACUGAAAGCCAUGCUGAUAAAAUAUAAAUAUUUGAACUACUAUAGUAAGAUUGAUCUAUUUAGCUAAAUAGGCUGUGUGAAAAUGAUGCUCCAAACCUAACAACACUGGAAAAACACGAGUCAUCAGACCACUCACAGCACAGAGUAGUAAUCAAACACAGAACAGA